UCCGAGAACUUGGUAGAAGAUGCAUAAAUCCACUAUUUUCUGAGGGACUGAUACUAGAAAAUAGUAAUGGUGUGGCACUGGAAUUGUGGCAGUGACUACUGAUCCAGAAGUAUGAUUGUUCUUUUUUCUCCAUAACUGAGAGGAUUGACAGUUUCUAGUCCAAGGAAGAUAUCCAGCCAAUGCAUAAACAGCCGAGUGUGUCAAACAAGUUUCAUUUUCAAGACUUCAUUUCUACUUCCUCAUGAAUAGUCUGUUUUUGCUAUUGUAGUUUACAAACAGAAUUACAAGGCUAUGGCAAAACUGGGAAGGGUCAUCUAGAAGGUUUUUGUCUAGUCUCUUUAUCUCUGCAACCCAAGGGCCUCUGGUAAGCUAGAUUACAUUUGUGUUUCCUGUUACUAUAGAGAUCUCCAUGGGCUUUGCCCAACCCUGCAUUGAACAUAUCCCAAGUAACUAAACAAACAGAAACAUGCCAAGGCAAAGUAUCUGUCACUCUGAAGAGCUACCAGUAAGUACGACCAUCAAUACCUUCUUCAUCUUUGGUAAAAAAGGUAAUGCACAUUGACAGGGGAAAACAAACAACUUGUAAUGGACAAAAGAACAUACCAUGUUUGCCUUGUAGUCUCUAUCAUAGUGCAGGCAGUUCCACUUCAGGUUACAGACUACUUGCCAUUAAGGAAUGAAGACAUGCCAAACAAAGUGACCACUCAUGAAGCAAGAACUGCUAUCACAUCCAGGACUGGAAGGCCGACCAUAUCCAGUAAAGCAGGCAACUUCACUAUAUUGUAUAAUACAAGUAACAGCUGGAAUACAUUUGCCACAACAGUGAAAACUACCAACUUUCCUACACCUCCACAAAGCACCCAUUCUCCUCAUACAGAAGGUAGCAGUCCAUCAGAUAUCACUGCUGAAACCCAAACUGAGAUGACAAUUACAACUGAGUCAUUCUUCAGUAAUUCUACAUAUCAAGCCACUGUUAAAGAUUUCAAAGUCACAACUCCAGCUAUCAUAUUAAAACCGACCAUGCAACCCUCUAGAACUGCACCACUAAUCAGCAAGGUCUUGCUUUCAGUUUCAGCAGUUCAGUUUCCAGUGGAAGGAGCUCGUUUGAACAAUUCAGAGGCCAUCCUAACAAUUGGCUUUUCCAUUGUUCUUGCACUGACAAUUCUCGGAUUCAUUGUAUACAUUUUCACUAAAUAUAGAAAGAGAAGGGAUCAGUUUUCCCAUCAUCCACUCUAUGAUGCCUCUUCUGAAACAGUGGACAGAUAUGCUACCCCAGAUGACACACUUGUAAUAUCAGGAGGCUUAUAUGAUGCACCUAGAAUUUAUAAUUCCAGCAUGACAGUGUAUGAAGAUGAUGAGCUUCAAACUGAUCAGUUACCAUUUAGUGCUCAACCUGGACAAUUCAGACUGAAAUUUUUGCCUGGUGAAAAAGAAAUGGACCUUUCCUCAAGUUAUGAAACAUUUCAGCUGCCACUAGGGAGCUUAUAAUUGUUGAGAUCUUUUAAAGUGGCUUAAAUAUCUGAACAACUGUGCUUAUGAAGAGUAUAAUCCAGCUCAAUACAAAUAAGAAAAUAAAAUUAAGGAAGUAGGCUUAUUUUAAAAACAAAGAAUGCUUUCAGCCAUUAUUUGCUUCACAACAAUGAAUGGUAUUUUAUUUCACUGGUAAUAUGUGCAAAAUUAAAUAACAAACCUUUUCUGAGUCAUUCUUUCACCAACCUUACAUUUCUUAUUCUUAUCUGUUUAUAUUAACUUACAUAUGCAAAUGAGCAUGCAGGAGAGGAUUUUCUUCUCUUACCCCUGCUGGUUCUCAGCAUAGAUUGCAGUGAACUAGAUGUCAUUGCUUUCAACUACAGCCCUGUGCAAGUCUACCAUAUAUGCACCUAGCUAACCUUUUCCUCUCUAGGGCCCUGUGCAAAAAUUACUUUUACUCUAGAUCCAGCAAGGGAGAGGAUGGGAAGAAAGAGGGCUCUACUGAGCCCUACACUGAUUCUUUCCCACACAUACAGCUGUACUUGCAGGGGGUAGAACUUGGGGAAGUUUAUAAUAUUUAAAUUACUCCAAUAUUUCCUGCCUUUUCAACAGACUUGGGAUACACAAUUUUCAAAAUAAACGUUACCAGAACAAAAUAUAACAAAGGUUCAGAAUUCAAAUAUAGUAAUGUGUUAAACCAUAAUUUCUAUAAUACAAGCAAGUUUAUGUAAAAAGUUUUCCAGCUUCUUUCAUUUUUUCCCUUCUAUCCGUUUUGGAGAUUGCUGUCCAUCCAGCUUCACGCAUCUUUCUCAAAGUUGCAAGUUUUACUGAAGAUCCAGGAGUUUUCAGAGGUGGUGGUAUUUGAACCUAUACACAAAAUUGAAAAUCUCAAUUUUAUUAGCAUGGCCCUUGUGAUAUUUAUUUUGGCUUUCAGUAAAAUUAUGAAGAUACCUUUUUUGGUGUCGUAACACAUAGGCGAGAAGUUUGUGGAUAAUCCUUAUACAGUUUUUUAAACAUUUCUUCCUGUGACACGAUACUCUUGAAAAGAAAGUAAUUUUAAAAAGUAAAUAGUAACAUCUACAUCUUUACUUCGAUUUUUCAUUACAACAGGGAAAAACUAUUUCAUUACAUACAUCCAACUUAAGAAUAAUGAAAAAUAUGACUUUUAAAGUGCUAGAGGACGUAGUUUACAGAUAUUUGUGUGUAUUAUUAUGCUAUGCACAUAUAGAAAGUACUGUGCUAGAUGGAUUAUGUUUGACUUGAUAUAAGACAGCUUCUUAUGCCUUAUGUUAUUGCUAUGCAUGUAGGUCCAGGUCCAGGAAAUAAAGAGAAGAAUGCUGAAAGCUGGGAAUAACUAAGAACUGGGGUACAGCCUUAGGUUAGGGUUGUACAAGUUGAAAUUUAUACAGGAUUAGUGGCUAUGUUGUCUGCUUUCAGAAGACUGCUUGCUGCAAUAGGCUCCGUAUGUAUAUAUGUAAACAAACAAUUAUUACAAGAAUGUCAUGAAUCUCCAGGCCCCUUCAUAAAAAGGAAAUGCCUAUAGCACUGCUUUUAGAACAUCUCACUGCUCAGAAAACCGGGGAGCACAUAACAAUAUUAUGCAAUUCUACAAACAAUAUUAUAUUCAAUAUAAUGAUAUAAAGGAAACUGCAGAAGACUGAAUAGACAUUGCACACCAACAAAAAUAAAUUUGUUACUUAUAUUACUCUACUAUGAAAUUUCAAUAAGAAAGAAUUUCCUAUAAUCAUUAGAGUUAUCUCUGGGAAACUCUAAAUCAGGGAAGGGGACCCUGUAGCCCUAAAGAUGCUGUUGGAUGUCAUCUCCCAUCACCCCCAGCUAGCAUGGACAAUAGUUAGGGAUGCUGACAGUUUUGAGCCCAGCAACAACAUCUGGACUGCCACAGGUUCCCCAUUGCUGCCUUAAAUCCUAGGUUUUUUGACAUCAAAGAAAUUUACCAAACAUACAAUAUGCCCCCCACUCUGGUUUUUUCUAUCUUAAAGUUUUUUUGUUCAGACCCAUAUAACCCUAGUUGCCACUUCAUAGAUUCCAAGGACAUCUGAUAAGGCUGUAGCAUCUUCUGAUCUGGUGAGAUAAAAUACUUAUUUUUGGUGCAGAGGGAUAACCCAUGGAACCAUUUAUAUGGCGUGCGAUCUUGUGUACUGUUAUUUGAUAAAUAGACUGACUCCUAUUCCCAGGUCCAAGGACCUAGACUAUGGUUCUAGUCUACAGAUAUAAUUAAAUUGAAAUCACACAUUCAGAGGAAUUAUAUCUAAAUUAAUUCCUUCAGUUUACACCAGAUUCUUUGGUUUUUGGGAGAUGAAUGUCGUCACCAUGCCCUACUAGAGUGAUUCCCAAGGGCAUGUGUUCCACUGUUGGAGAAAAGAAUGCUGAACUAGAUGGGCCCCUAGUCUGAUUCAGCAUGGCCACAAUGUUAAUUAUGACAAAAGUUUUGACCAUGUUCUAGAAAUAUAAAUUAUGAGAUGAAGAAUAACUGCAAUAGUUGAAACUAUUUAAAAAUAGAGGUUAAUAAUACAUAGAUAUUAUAUUCAGUAUACAUUUUCAGCUACUUCAAAAAAUAAAAAGUAAUGUCUUUCUUAUUUGCAAAUUAAUACCAGGAGGUCAUUGUUCUCAGAGUUAUCUGAUUGAGUAUCCAGUUCUAAGAGAACUUUUCUCUUUUUCUUUGUUCCUUCUUCUGAAAGUUGAUUGGUGCUUUCUCUUAGCAUUUUAUAUUUUGGAGGUGUUUUUACAGUGUAAGUCUAUGAAAUAAACACAAUUUUAAGAACUCACAUUGCUACUGUAACUUUAACACAUUUUUUUAAACAAACCUAGAAACCUAAGGGGAUUUGUGGAUCUUCCUUGAUUGAUCAAGUUGAAAAACAUUUAGAAUGACGAGACAGGAAAAUAUUUCUCCUAAAGGGAUAUGUGUAGACCAUAAAGGUGUGGUUCCUACAAACAUUCUUACAAACAUCCCAGAAGACAUUUUUGUUAUGAAAUAAAUGCAUAGUUACAGUUC